CUCAUAUUUCUGAUGCAACUGAACUUCAGUAACCUUUUUGCAGUACAGAUUUCAACAAAUUAUUUUUUCUCUCUUGGACAAAGAUGCAGAACUUCUCGGUGGUAGAAAGUCUUGGUAAUACAGACAUACUACACUGUGAGCCUCCAAAAGACCUGGCAGCUGAGGCAGGUGGCGUGUCUCUCCAUGAAAGUGGCUGUAACUGGAAUGAAAGAACAAGCAAUGAAGAAAUAUUUAAUCUUGGAACAACGCAGCAAAGCCUCCCUGUAAUGAACAGCGAAGGAAGAAGUUGUGAGGCGUUUUCUGAGAGCAGCUUUAGUACCUCGGAACCCAGCGGUUCCUGGGGUGAUUUUGAAGGCUUCAGGGAGUCUUUAGACAAAUCAGAGAGAUUCAGUCAUAACCUUGAAGUUUUAGUGAAGUCAGCAAAAACGUGGGGAGCCGACCCGGAGCUCGGCGGCGGAGGCUGCGGCGUUUCUGCUGCCCACGCGUGUGCUGAGCCAUCAUCUCUGUGCCCUGGGAUGCAGGAGGCUGCUCUGGCUGAGGAAGACCACAGCUAUGUGGAGAUAUUUAAGUUGGGCUUUCCAGAAGUCUUUGUACCACAAUCCAAGGAGUGCAUAAGAAGCUUAGAGCAAGUUCUUGAUGCAAAUAAUGAAGAUGUUUGGAUUCCUGAACUUUUGAAGAAUCAACUUUGCAUGGAUUCUGGAAAGGUAUGGAGAGCACUCAGAGAUUUUGAUGAUGCCCCCAGCUCAAGACAUCCCUGGAGUAAAUCUCAUUGCCAAGAAAAACUCUUGAGGGUUCUCGGAGUAGAUGCAAAUCAAAAGGACGUUUCAGAAAACCAAGCUGAUAUUUUUGAAGAAUCAAAUGUCAAAGAUGAUGAGGACUUUAGAUUUGAUGGAUUCAGUGUUAAUGACUGCAAAACACUGAUCCAGACCAAGCUUUCUGUGCCACCGGACUCCAGACAUGGUCACCUUUUCACCUGUAACCUCUUUCUGAAGACCACAUCAUCAAAUGAAAACACACAGUAUAUAACAAUCCCAAGGAAGAAACAGAUUUUUUCUACACACAACCUAAAAAUGAAAUUUUUCAGUAGUGAUGUUUGUUGAACUAAAUGCA